AUGAGCACAGGAAUAAAACUUUCGCCUAGUGCGGGGCCAAUUGAAAGGAAAAUGGUUGAAAAGUUGACUACUGAGUUCCAACCGAAGUUUCUUUCCAUGGAAAAUGAUUCACACAAGCACGCACACCAUGCUGGAAUUAGAGGAGCAACUAAUACCACUGAGUCACAUUUUAAUUUAGAAAUAGUCAGCGAUUUUUUCGUAGGAAAGAACAUGCCCACGCGCCACAGACUUGUCUAUGGAGUGUUAUCAGAUGAGCUUAAGAAUGACGGUGUUCAUGCAUUACUGAUGAAGACCAGAACUCCAGAAGAAUACGAAAAAAGGCAGAACCAAUAG